CGCCUCUUUUCCUUCAAUUGGACAGGCUAAUAGGCUAAGCCGAGCCCAGUAAUCAAGGUCAAAGCUAAUCUUGGAGCACCAAAUGUAAAAAAAUGACUCCUUUCACCUAAUCAAAGUAGUUGACAUCUGGCUCAGAGGGACAAAGCAAUCUGCGCACCGGUUUAAUAGCAAUAGUAGGUAACCCUACUUUUUGCAUUUAUUAACUCUGAACUAUUGAAGUGCAUGAUAUGUUCAUUUUAGUUUAAUCUUAGAGCAGUACAUUUACAUGUGCGAAGUGUUACACACGUUCUAAACAUCGGAUGUUAACAGUACCUCGGUUUAGUGCAGUUUUUUGUUCGUAUUUUGAAGAACACCGGCAAUUUUCCGGUCGCUUACACGUGCGAAACUGUGUGUGAAAUAUGAAGUUUGUGUUCAUUGUGCUGUCAUUAGCUGCAAUCAUGGGUGAAGACACUGCAGCACAAAAGCUUCGUUUGGAGAACUGGAUGAGUGACCUGCCUGCUCCCCUUAAAGAAUUACCACUGAUAUUCCUUGCUAUACCAGGAAGCCAUGACUCCAUGACAUAUGGUAUAACCAGGUCUAGUACCGUGGCUCCAGAUGCCGAACCAAUACUCAACCGACUGUACCCGUUAUUCCGAGGUACGAUUUUACGAUGGACCAUAACGCAGGCCAGUGACACUUGGCACCAACUUCUCAUUGGCAUUAGAUACUUUGACCUGAGACUGGCUACGAAGGUUGAUGAUGACAAGUUCCAUUUCACCCAUGGGCUUUAUGGAGAUGAAAUAUCCACCGCUUUGGGACAAGUCAAGGAGUUUGUUGAUACUCACCCUGGAGAGGUAGUAAUACUAGACUGCCAGCAUUUCUACGGGUUUACUCGGGAAGACCACAUGAGGUUGCGUCGGUACUUGCUCGACCUAUACGGGCCGAGACUCGUGCCUCGUCAGAUUGACCUGCAUGCCAUCACGCUCAACUCGCUCAAUAGGCUUAAAAUGCAGGUGAUCAUAGUCUACCGCAACGAGACCGUGAACACAACGGGUGAGUUCUGGCAGCCGCAGAUGAUGCCGUCGCCGUGGCCUCAGCAGGACACCAUCACAGGCCUGGUGUCCUUCCUCGAGAACAUCCGGCGACACCCCAGCACGGGGUUCGUGCAUCAGGCUGUACUUACACCUACGCCGAUAUUUAUUGUGCUCCGGUGGAUAUCAAGCUUACGUGAAAGAUGUGCAGUGCCAGUCAUCAAAGAAGUAUUGCCGAAGCUAGCAGACUUCACCCCCGGCCCGCCCGCGCCGGCACACAAGCCCGGCGUCCGCGCACCCGUCAACGUCGUCAUCGCUGACUUCGUCGACAUGGACAAUGCAAUAUUCCCGCGAACCAUUAUAGACCUUAACAUGAAGCUCUUAAGACACACAGACGUUGUUCACCACAAUAAUGGGUAAGGCCUACGAUCUCACAAUCUAGGCUUUGUUUCUAAUUAGUUCGCCCGUUGACGAAUUGUGUCGAUUUUUACAAGUACCUGAAGCUUUUUUACGUAUUUUAAUACAAGACUUUUCUGUGAUAAUUAAAUCAUAUUUUUAUAUACUUUCAGUAAUGCAUAUAAUUAUUGUAAACAUAUAUUGCCAUUAGUAUAUUUAUGAUGAUCUGUUGUAUGCCAUUAGAAAUAAAACAUAUUGUACAAGUGCCUCAAAUAAAGGUAGAUGUAUUUCAAAUGAAA